AUGGAGUCAGUCAGGAGAAGUCGCCAGACGAAUAUCCUCGAAAAACCACUUAGCAAAGGAAGAAAUGAGGUAAUUGAUUCAGUUGAAAGUUGGUAUGGAUCAUUUGAAAUGACUUAGUGCCUCAAACAGUGUGUCGAUGGGUUUUGUUUUAGAUCAAUGUAAGCACUUUCGGUUUGCUGUUUUCUGAGAUGAUUCAGUAUUGUCAGAACAGAGUUCACACGGUCCCAGAGCUUCAAACCAAGUGAGUUGCAAAUGUAAAAGUAGUUAUAAAAGCAUUUACUCUCUUGAAAUUGAAAUAAGACUUUGUUGUGCCUUAUUUUGUUCUAGUCAGGGACAUGGGAGGUCAGGUGGGUGAGGGAAGAAAACGAUGGAGGGGGUGGUGGUACAACUAAGUGAGGGGGGUCUUAUUAAUAAUUUAUCAAAUGGGCGACAUUUUUAUAAUUUUGUGUGUGUGUGUGUGUGUAAAAGGGAAAACUUCAAAAAACUUUUGGAAAAGUGUUGUAAGAUCCAAAUAAGGUAGAGGAUGUUUAUCCAGCAGAUAAACCAGGUCUAUUUGACUCCGCAGUGAAGACCAUCUCCAAUCUAAUGCAUCAGUCAAUUCUGUGGGUUCUCAACCAUUUUUAUCAUUUUGGCAUCCAAACAUGAACCUGUGAUAAUUGUGGCCUUGGUAUUUCCAUUUGACUGUAAUCUCAAAAUGCAGGAAAUGGUAUCUUAGAGGCACAUAUCUUAAAAUUUUCCUGGGGGAGCAUGCUCCCAGACCUCCUAGAGGCUCAUACCUUCGGCAAUUGUGGGACGUCCCUUUUUUUAGUUGACAGGGUUGGAAUUUCUGUACAAGAGGCAUAAAAACCUUUUAAGACAUAGCAGGCUUGAAUGAAGAUAUCCUCAAGACCAAUUCUCCAGUCACACCAACCAAAUGUGUUCAACUAGAAUAUGACAAACAGCCAUAGAAAACUAGAACACAGGCUUUUUCAUUAGAAAUAAAAGUACAGUAAGCAGGGUACAAAGAAAAUCACUUUUACAGCUUGCCAUUCGGGCAAGCUGAAGCUAGCAUUAACUAGCCCAGACGUCAUUAAUUAACUAGCCCCAAAAACAUUUUGGCCAGCAGAAUUGAUUUCACAGUUCUUCUGCUGUUCAAAUUCCUCGAAAAACAUCACUUGCCCAUUGGGCAAGUUAAAAACAGAAUUCACUAGUAAGCCUGAUAGCAAAAUCCACUAGCCCCAGGCUAACGGACACUGCUUUCUUUGCACGCUGAGUAAGCAGCCUUUGAAAAGAAAACAAAUUACAAUUAAAAAUCUUCUAAACAUGUUAUCCUUAGAGGUGAAUGGGGAUCAAGCGUUGAUAAAUAGAGGUGUUUGAUUGAAUAAGUAGAGAAUAUUUAUAGGCCUAUGUAUGUAUGUAUGUAUGUAUGUAUGUAUGUAUGUAUGUAUGUAUGUAUGUAUGUAUGUAUGUAUGUAUGUAUGUAUGUAUGUAUGUAUGUAUGUAUGUAUGUAUGUAUGUAUGUAUGUAUGUAUGUAUGUAUGUAUGUAUGUAUGUAUGUAUGUAUGUAUGUAUGUAUGCAUGCAUGCAUGCAUGCAUGCAUGCAUGCAUGCAUGCAUGCAUGCAUGCAAGACUGACAUGAAAUCUUAUCUUGUUAACAGGUUAUCAGAUCUUGGCCAGCAGGUUGGUUCCAGAGUGCUUGAUGUCUUGGUAUUACGAGAAAAAGGAAUGAAGCGGGAAGUGAGAGUACUAAACAUUCUCCUGUUUAUCAAGUCAGUUUUUUGGAAGGUAAGAUUCUUUGAAAAAAUAGCCUGUUCACUUUCCUGAAUUUUUUCGUCUACUGUACAAUAUUGAUCUCUGUAGGGUUACAUAUAACCAUGAAACUUUUUUUGUUGAAUAUCAGUGCUCACCAUAGCUUCAGUAUUAUAUCAUUAGAUUUACCCAAGGCUAAAAGUGAAUCUCCCAUUAAUUUCCCAUAAAAUAAUAAUAAUAAAUAACUAAAUUUAUUUACUUCAAACAAUAAACUUGUAAGCAUUGCAAAGGAAUUCACUUGGAAUUAUCCUGUGGGCAUGGUGUGGACAGAUGAGGUGCAAGUGGACGGUCGGACGACAGAUAGUCAAGCACGUACCAAUAUUUUCACGGAUGGAUAGAUAUCCAAAUUGUCUUAGCUAUGGGGAUCUGCUUAUGGAGCUCCGCUAAUUUAAUGGUUGAGUAAUUCUCGCUUCAGAUCAAACAACUCAUUAUACCUCUUUGCCUUUUAAAAGUCCUGACACUUCCACCCUCAAUGCUAGCAUUUUUUCUAGGCCUUUCUUCUUAUUCUAUUUUUUUGUUUAUUUACUUACUAUAAAAUUUUGUUUUUCCUUGCAGUCAUUGUUUGGGAAAGAGGCUGAUAAACUGGAACAAGCCAAUGAUGAUGACAAAACUUGUAUCCUAUGUUUCAUUAGGAGCGCAAACCUUCUGCGGUUUGCUUUGCCAGUUUAAACCUGUUGCUGUUUUGCUGUUCUUGUUGAAGUCACUGUUGCGUUGCUUAAGGUCCCUAAUGAGGAAUGAGCUGAGGAAUAGCGUUAGACUCUCUUGUCCAACUUUUAUCACCAGGUCAUGUGGAGAACGUCAAUGACUGAUAAUUUUAUAUUAAUCCUCAGUAUUGAUGUUUGUAGUGUUGUACAUCCUGGCAAGCCCUGGCAAAGAUAACGAAAAUAUAUUAAAAAGAGGCUACAUAGACUUCUCCUGGGUUUACAAAUCUUUUAUGGUAACUACAAGUUCAUCACAAAAUUUGUCUGGGCAUGUAAAUUUUAAUUUUAGAACCAAUGUUAAUUAAUUUUGUUCAUGUAAUGAUCACCGCAUGUGAUGGUUGUUAAUAGUUCUUGACUGAUCCUUUGUUCUACAUACUGGUAUUUUAUUAAUUUUAUAACCCUCGCCUGCAACUUGAACUUCAUGCUAACUUGAAACAAAAUCAAUUUCCACUGGAUUUCCUUCAUACAUUUACUGUAAUUUUACCCUCAGUAACCCAAACCCUCGAUAACUCAAACCUCCCACUAACUUGAAAUAAUAUUUUUGUUUCUCUUCAGAUCCUUUUUAUACAAUAAAUUUUAUCCUCAAGCUUCAUAACUCGAACCAUGUUUUAAGUCGAAAAAAUGUAGUAAACUGCAGUCUAAAACACUGAAUUUCUCUCAAAACAACCGUAUUGUUUCGUUACUUUUUUGUCAGUUCAAUUCAAAUACAAUAUUUGGCACUGUACUGAUUAAUCAUGCUCAAAAUAUCAAUAUCUUAUCUCUUGCUGCCCGUGUAGUGAAGGGUACAUGAUACUUGCAUUCCUCCCCCUUCCUAUUUCCUUACUUCUGGUUAUUUGCUUCGAACUCCCAAUAACUCAAACUGUUUUCAAUUUCCCUUGAAGGUUCGAGUUAUUGCGAGUCAACUGUAUAAAAAAAUUAUUAUUAGAGAUUGAAGUAGUAUCUUAUGAAUUAGUCCUUGACACAUGUUGUAGAUUAUAUUAUUGAAAAAGAACCACUUGUCAACAAAUUUAUCUCAGUUCCUAAAGACAAAGGUUUGUAUACAUCAAACAAAUUAACUGCAUUCAUGGUGUUACAUAAUAUUAUACUGUGGCUACUUAGACAAUAAACAUCACAAAUAUAUAAUUAUAUAUUCAAGCUCAUUUGACUUUCCCAGUUAGCUCUUAACAAUGGCGACACUUAUAAUACAAUGAAUAGACUGAGAUAACAUAAAACAUCAGUAAAUAAGUAAUCAUGCUGAGACAUUCAAAUAAUAAGAGGAAUAGGAAAACUUCACAGCACACAUUCACACUCACAUCCAACCAUUUUGAUCAGCUCCCAUGACCAAAGCUCCCUUUUUUUCUGCAAAUAUUAUAUUCUUAUUCUACAAUAAUUUAUUAUAAUAUUGUUAAUAAUAUUAAAUAAAUAUAAAAUGCUAAUGGAACUGUUUUGAAUUUAGUGCUUUAUUGGAAAAAAAAAGCAGUGCUUGUCCCAAUGUGUUUCCCCUCAAAUGUAUCAUAAAAGGAUAUUAUGUCUUCUUUACUGCAUACAUUCUAAUUUUUAUUGAACUUGCCAUUUUCUCCCUGAAAAGGAAGUCUAAACUGUGCCUCAUUUGUUGCUGGAAUUGUGGAAGCCGUGUUACAUGGAUGCAACUUUGUAAGUAUUAGAGUGAGUUACAUAUAUCAUGUUCCAGUUGUUUGAAAGCUGGAUACCAAUAAAUUUUUAUCGGAUCCACCAAAUAAAUUAUUAUCAUUGUUAUUCAUUGAAAAUAUUUACAGGAAGCUUGUUAUAAGAACUUAAAGCAACAUUAUUUGGNGAAUUAGUCCUUGACACAUGUUGUAGAUUAUAUUAUUGAAAAAGAACCACUUGUCAACAAAUUUAUCUCAGUUCCUAAAGACAAAGGUUUGUAUACAUCAAACAAAUUAACUGCAUUCAUGGUGUUACAUAAUAUUAUACUGUGGCUACUUAGACAAUAAACAUCACAAAUAUAUAAUUAUAUAUUCAAGCUCAUUUGACUUUCCCAGUUAGCUCUUAACAAUGGCGACACUUAUAAUACAAUGAAUAGACUGAGAUAACAUAAAACAUCAGUAAAUAAGUAAUCAUGCUGAGACAUUCAAAUAAUAAGAGGAAUAGGAAAACUUCACAGCACACAUUCACACUCACAUCCAACCAUUUUGAUCAGCUCCCAUGACCAAAGCUCCCUUUUUUUCUGCAAAUAUUAUAUUCUUAUUCUACAAUAAUUUAUUAUAAUAUUGUUAAUAAUAUUAAAUAAAUAUAAAAUGCUAAUGGAACUGUUUUGAAUUUAGUGCUUUAUUGGAAAAAAAAAGCAGUGCUUGUCCCAAUGUGUUUCCCCUCAAAUGUAUCAUAAAAGGAUAUUAUGUCUUCUUUACUGCAUACAUUCUAAUUUUUAUUGAACUUGCCAUUUUCUCCCUGAAAAGGAAGUCUAAACUGUGCCUCAUUUGUUGCUGGAAUUGUGGAAGCCGUGUUACAUGGAUGCAACUUUGUAAGUAUUAGAGUGAGUUACAUAUAUCAUGUUCCAGUUGUUUGAAAGCUGGAUACCAAUAAAUUUUUAUCGGAUCCACCAAAUAAAUUAUUAUCAUUGUUAUUCAUUGAAAAUAUUUACAGGAAGCUUGUUAUAAGAACUUAAAGCAACAUUAUUUGGCAUUCAUAUGUCUUUGUCUGUCAUUCAUAAAAAAAACAGCUACAAAAUGACUACUACGUCGACCAAUCAGAGCUCCCAACCAAAUUACAGACAGAUUUUAUGUUGUCAGUAUAGAAUUUUGUUGCUGAGGCUCAAACAUCCUCUCUAGCAAAACGUCCUGAGUAGCAAGGAGUAAGGAGAAACAGCUACUUCUGCAGGCUAAGCCUAAUUUUGGAAUCACUAUGGGGUCUUUUGCUAAGUAACAAAUUUGUUCUGUGACUUCAGGCACAAUAUUUUAAUAUUUUAAAAGUUGCACUAUUAAAUAAAGUUGGUGUCAAUUUAUUGCACUGAAAUGUGUGAACUAAGUGAUGUAAAGAUGCAAUAUUAUUAUAUGUCUAUAUUAGUUUUCUUGCAAAAGUAUAGAGCUAAUGUGAUAACCAGUGCAAGAAAAUCAUGAUGAAAUCUCCAUUAAAUUGUGAAAAAUCCCCUAAUGCCAAGAAGCCUUUGAAGAACCUAAAAUUGAAAAACAAAGUUUUAGGUGAUAAAUGAUUAUGAUACAGUGGAUGGUGUUGACGGACAACAAUAAAUUUUCCUUAUUACUAAUAAUAAUAAUAUUAAUUUUUCUUUUUGGUUGUAGCCUGCAAAGGUCACAGCUCAUUGGCACAAAGGAACAACUCUUAUGAUAAAGUUUGAAGAGUCAGUUAUUAUAAGAGAUAAAUCAUUGGAUGGAAGAUAACAAGUUUCAUUGUAUACUGUGCAGGAAUGUGGCAAUCUUGUAAAUAAUUUGGACAAACACAAUUUAUACUAAGUGGAACAAAGAUAUACAGACUUGUAUUGUAUGGUAUUUACGUUUU